AUGGCCGCCUCCCUGCCCCCCCCGUCCCCACUGCACCGCCGAUAUCACGCGAUCGACGGCCCCCCGUUUCCAUUCCAUCAGCAAUGGGUACGCCAGCCACGGGGCUCCCUCUCACGCCCAGCGGCCCCGGUACCUUGCCUGGCCGGUGAGAGGCGGGAUGCCAACGUCGGCCGCUGCCGCAAGCUGGCUGGGAUGAAUCGGAUCCGCGCGCGGGGCGGAGGGGCCGUCGUGUCGUGGCCGUCGGCGGCGAUGCGGAGUCGCGUGCGGAGAGGCGCGGUGGCUAUUGGCGCGGCAUGCGCCCCGCGGCACACUGAGGCUGCCAGCAGUGGAGGGAGAAUGUCGCCCACGGCUUCCAGAGCUGCGGCCGCUGGUUCCAAGCUCAUCUGCACAGGCUCAUCAUCGUCGUUCCUCGGUGGUUCUACACUUGAUACCCACAGCUCCCGCUGCGUAGCAGUUGGCUUUGGCCCAGGCUUUGGCAUGGGGUAUGGUUAUGGAUAUGGUUAUGGCUACCCGAUGGGAGGGUUUGGAGGGGGCGGCUUUCUCAGCCUGCUGGUCUUUGGCCUGAUAGCUUAUGCGGCCCUGCAGGUGUUGUCCAAACAGGAAGGUGGCAUUGGUGGCGAUGACGGCGGAUACAUAGGCAGCGAGAGGGUUGCUGUGGGCAGGGUGCAGGUGGGCCUGCUGGGCUCGGCCAGGGGACUGCAGAGGGACUUGACACGGAUUGCAAAGAGGGCAGACACGUCUGACGUGGCAGGGCUGCAGUACAUUCUGCAAGAGACCGUCCUGGCCCUCAAUAGGAAUCCGGACUACUGGGUGUAUGGGGCAUCGAGCCUGAAGAAUACAAGGGACAACAUGGCGGCUGAGCAGCGCCUGAACGAAUGGUCCCUGCAGGAGAGGAGCAAAUUCAAAGAGGAGACGCUGUCAAAUGUUGGCGGUCGCACCAGGCAAGCUGCCUCAGCCUCACCAGGUGAGGGGCUGAACGAAUUGAUCGUUGUCACGAUCCUGGUGGCUGUGGGUGGAGGUAUGAAACUGCCUAGAGUCACGUCGCGCGAAGAGCUCAGGACGGCGCUCAACAGGCUUGGGGCCAUCGACACUCAGUCGCUCAUGGCUGUGGAGGUGCUGUGGACACCACAAGAUGAAAGGGAUGCAUACACACAGGACGAGCUCUUGGCGGACUAUCCAUCCAUGUACACACUGUGA